CAAGAAAUUGGAGGUAGACGUAUUAUAUAAGCGCGAAUUUUAGCUUAAGGGGAAAAGUGUUGUUACAGAAGUUGUGUCGGAAAGAGCGGCAUUUGUAUCGGGAUUAGAGUAACAAUGUUUAAAAUCGUAAGCUGUAUCUUCAUCGCUGCCUGCAUCAACUUCCCACAAGUUGUUGUAGCUGCCUCUCUUUCGAAUCCUCUGGGAUCUCUGGGAUCCCUGGGGUCCCUAGGAUCCCUGGGAUCUCUAGGAUCAUUGGGAUCAUUGUUAGAUAACGCGCAAGAUAAACUAACAGAUAAAAUAACAGAUAAAAUAUCGGACAAAAUAUCGGAUGAAGUAUCGGAUAAAGUACCGAAUACACAGGACCAGUUCUCGGACAUACUUCGCAAUAUAUUCGAACGUGGAGAUGAAACCGUAAAAAAAAUUGGAAAUGGCGUGAGUGAUCUAGGCACGACUCUUGAUUCGCGAUUGUCUGCCGAGGUGGAGAGGCUCAAGGAGAAGAGUGAACAAUUCCUAAAAGAAACUCAAAACGCCGAUAUUUCUUCCUGUAACAAACUGUAUAUGAGAGGACGCGCUACUCUCGCCGAACUGAUAUCGAAGCUUGAUUCUUGUUUGUUAAGCAAAGCGCGAGAUGUUGGAAAGGAAGUUGAAGAUCUCGUUAAUACAAUAAGUGCACUGUAUCAACACUUGGCGGAGCAACUGCCGAACAUGAUGCAAUGCUUAAAAAACCCUCUAAAUAUUGUUUCGUGUAUCUCUAAGGCAUCUCAAAGCGUCUUCAAGCUGGGUUUGACGGCUAAGCAGGCUAUUGGCGCGUUUAUACAACUCGUUACAUUUUUCCCGACUGUGAAAUUAUGUGCUAAGAUGUCGAUUUUCAGUGUUGUAGGAACUAAUAUGCUCAACCUCGUGAAAGACGCGGGAAUGUGUGCUCAAAGCACUAUAAAAGGAAAGCUAUUCACCGACUAAUGUGACUCCCAUCUUUUAUUAUACAUACAUAUUACUGUUAUUAUAAGUUAACCCCACGAUACGAAGUUCCUACUUUUUUCGCACUAUGCAAAACGGUACACGCAGGUAUAUAUCAAAUGUACUUAAUAAAUACUAAGUUAAUAACAUUGCUAUGCUCGCCUCUACCUUUUAGAGUAAUUUAGGAAUCAAAGAAAGCACAAAAUAUACAUUUAUAAAAUAUA